GAACAGUUUUCGGAUAUCUUUGAUAGAGUUAAGGGUGCGAAUGAUUAUACUUUAGAUCAGAUGUGUAAUGUUGUAUCGGCUGAUAUUCUUAAGCUUGGGAUGGGAGCAAUUGGAAAAGAUACAAUGAAGGGUUUUUACCGUGGGGAAAAUAUAAAAAGCGAAAAUUUAGAAAAAAUUGGUGCAUGGAUAGAUCAUAGACAGUUUUUCAACUACUGA